CAUCGCUUUCUCAUUCUCGAUUUUUCUUCCAGAAACCCUUUUCUUUCGAUCAAAUCUUUUCAUCAUCCAUGGCCCCUAAGGGAGAGAAAAAACCAGCGGAGAAGAAGCCCGUAGAGAAACCUAAGGCUGAGAAAAAGAUCCCGAAGGACGUUUCCUCCACCGACAAGAAGAAGAAGAGAAACAAGAAGAGCGUUGAGACGUACAAGAUCUACAUCUUCAAGGUUCUUAAGCAAGUUCAUCCUGACAUUGGAAUCUCCAGCAAAGCUAUGGGGAUCAUGAACAGCUUCAUCAAUGAUAUCUUCGAGAAGCUCGCUCAGGAGUCUUCUAGACUCUCUCGCUACAACAAAAAAUCCACCAUCUCUUCCCGGGAGAUCCAGACUGCUGUUCGUCUUGUUCUUCCCGGUGAGCUUGCCAAGCACGCCGUUUCCGAGGGAACCAAAUCUGUCACCAAGUUCACCAGUUCUGAUUAGAAAUACUGAUUUAAAUUAGGGUUUACUUGAUGUAUAUUUUGGAUUUUCUCGUUUCGUUUUAGUAAAGAAAUAUCUCUAAUGAAAUUAAUUUUUGGGCA